CGUGUAAUAUUAUUCAAAUGAUAUUCUUUUGUUCAGGAGAGAUCAACACCCUGAAAUUGGUCACGCGUAACAGCCAUGAUAUGAAAAAAAAAAACAUCACAAAUAAUUGAUAUAAAAAAUCUUCGUUUGAGGUAAACAGAGGAAAUAUAGUGUUUCGUGAUGGCCGAGGUUGUUUUGGCGCAAAUCUUGAAGAUAACAGUCCAAUGCUUUUUAGAUAAAGUCAAAGAUGAAGCUGCGAACUCCCUUCGAGACGGCGACAUCACAGAGUUGCGUUUCAGGGAAAUGAUUAUCCGUGAGCUGCACGAUAUCAAAUCGAUGCUCCGGGGAUUGGUUCGACAAGAUCUCAUUGCUUCAAUCACCUACUUUAACGAUGGGAUUGAACUUCUUUAUUAUCACAUAAACCACAGCAAGGAGGAAAGAGAGAAGAGAGAGCGCAGAAGAGAAAAGGAGAACGAAUGUAAACAAGCGAUGGAAUCAUUAAAGAGAGCACACUUCAUGACACGUAAUGGCGAGCAGCUAAUGAAAGUCGUCGAGCAGCACGUUCAACACACCUACGGAGAAAACGUAAAGAGCAGCAAAACCAUCGACAAAGCAAAAGAGAACUUCAAACAAGCUUCGCUGAGUGCUACACGAGCGGUCAGUAACCAAGGCAUGGGCGACGAGGAUCGAAUUUUAGCCUACAAGGUCAAGAUUGCAGCAAUUUUACUGGAGAAUUUUGAGGACCCAGAAAUCUCUAUCCCCUUAUGUAAAAAAGCAUUAACUGAGCUCAACAGUAUGACACUGGUUACAAACUCCUGCAGGGUACAUUUCGGCAAAAGUUUUAGUUCUAAUAUUAUGAAACGGUUUCACUUCGAGGGACGAGAGGGGAUUCUUCGCUCCGUCGCGUCUGUGCAUCGAACCGCUUGGCACUACAUCCACGCAUGCGCAGUAAACAAGCGACUACCAUCGAAGACAGAUAUUUUACAAUGGCCCCUCGUGCGGACAGAAGAUAGGUGGCUACACCCAAUACAUAAUCAGGAAUUCGCAUCGUUCAAUUAUUGGAACUUCGGUAGGUGCGCCUCGAGGAAGGCAGGACUUAAUCAGCCUACUGACAUUGCGAUAAAUAGUCUCGGGCAGUUCAUAGUCUCGGAUACUAACAACAGUAGAAUAGUGCUCUGGUCCUGCAACGGUACUUUCAUAGAGGCCUUAGAGUUGACCACCUACGAUGAUGAUGAAGAUGAUCUUCCAAUUAGACCACGAGGUGUAGCUGUAGAUUCUCAAGAUACAAUCUAUGUGUGCGACUCUGUAUCAAACCGCAUUCAUGUCUUGGAAAAGGGAUCAAAGACCAAGUCUCGAGUCAUCGCUAAACCAGGAAGAUACCAAGACAGGAUGUCGAACUUUUCAGGAAUCCAUGUUGACAGUGACGGACGUAUUCUGGUAUCGGAUAUCGGAAUGAAAUGCGUGCAUGUGUUCAGUAAAGCGGGCGAAUACGUUUGUAACUUUGGUAGAGAGGAGUUAGGUUUCCCUACAGAUGUAUCAGAAAUCUACAGUUCACACAUCGCUUCAACAGACGAGGGUAACGUCMUAGUAACAGAUGCAAGACAUGGAUGCAUACGAGUUUAUAAUCAAAGCGGAUUGCACGAAAAUAUUUCAGUGGACGGAAUGACCUUUCGACCGGUCGGAAUAGCCUACGACUCGUGCACGGGAGAGAUUCUCGUCUCUGAUCAUCACAGCAAACAUAUCUUUGUAUUUAGCGAAUCGGGCGAGUACGUGAGGGAUGUCGGUCAUGAUGUUGUAUCGGGUGUGGCUGGGCUUGAAGCUACUCGCGAGGGCCAUGUUGUGUUAGUGGAUGAUAAGAAGUCAACAGUGCAUGUAUUCUAGAAGGGGGGGGGUUAGUGGGAAUUGAGGACUAUUCGACGAGGAUGACUAGGCUUGCUGUCACAUCAUCUGCACCAUUAUCAUCAAAAUCAUUGUUAUCAUCAUCAUCAUCAAUCGUCAAUCAUCACAUCAUCAUCAUCAUCGUCAUCCUUAUCAAUCGUCAAUCAUCACAUCAUCAUCGUCAUGA